AUGGCGGAUAUUGUCCUAUCUAGCAUUACCGAUGAGAUCAUUGGGAGGUUAGCUUCUGCAGCUGUGCAAGAAAUCGGAUUGCUCUGGAGCGUAAAGGAUGAGCUUUUGGAACUUGAAGAAACCAUGUCAACAAUAAAAGCUGUACUUCUUGAUGCAGAGGAGAUGCAGACCCAUAACCAUCAGGUCAGAUCUUGGCUCAAGAGGCUUGAAGAUGCUGUUUGUGAAGCUGAUGACUUGAUGGAUGAGUUCAAUACUAAGGCAGCUUUGCAACAACAAGGAAUGCUUGGAAAUGAAAUGACCAAGCAGGUAUGUUCUUUCUUCUCAGCCUCAAAGCAAGUUGCUUUUCGACACAAGUUGGGUCACAAAAUAAUAGCUAUUAAGAAAAAACUAACUACCAUUAGAGAUGAUAGAAGCUUCCAUCUGGAGGAAAGACCCGAAGAGACUAGAGUUGUGACUAGAGGGAGAGAGCCUACUCACUCUUAUGUGCCUGAAGAGGAAGUUAUAGGGAGGUAUAGAGACAGAAUGGCAAUCAUAGAAUAUUUGAUGGAUGCCGAAAUUGAAGAGAAUGUAGGGGUAAUUCCCAUAGUUGGUACUGGAGGGCUAGGAAAAACUACACUUGCUCAGGUAGUGUUUAAUGAUGAGAAGGUUGAAAAGCAUUUUGAUUUGAGAAUGUGGGUGUAUGUAUCUCAAAGUUUCAAUAUAAAAUUACUUGUUGAGAAAAUUAUUAAGUCUGCAACUAAUAAGGGCUUGGAAAACUUGGAGAUAGAUCAAUUGCAAAAGAAAGGGGAGUAG